GUCGGCUCGACUCAAUUCUCUGGGGCGUUGGACACGUCUAUCUCGUUGCCGGCUAUAAUACUCCAUCCCGCUACUUGGACACGCCCCUGCCGAACCACCAGACGACUUAUCUCUCCAACGCGACGUUGAGAGGAUUCUUUCCUGCGCCCAGGUAGACGACACUUGCCAUAAAACCCACGCCGACACAUGACAGCAAACAACCGAGAACACCCGAUUUAGGCCGUUUCAAUCUUACCGUGUCGGCCCUCUGCCGCAACGCCAACACUGAUGACGGGCGACCUCGACCGUUGGCUGGGUUCCGUCGGAAAGCUCCUCGGCAUGGGUGACCGAAAGAAGGGAUUGGGCGAUUUUGCCCUCGACCUGCUGUUGGUGGCUGGUAUGAUGGCAACCGGCGUUUACCUCGCAAGAAACUUUCUUUCUUCCCUCACGAAUACCCUCGCCGACCCCGAUCGAGAGAAACAUGAGCAAGCACGGCUACAGGCCAAGGCUCAUCUAGAGCGCUUGCGCAAAGGCAAGAACGCGAGCAAACCUGGCGAAGAUCCAUCGGAUGACAGCAGCGUUUCUCGUCGCGGGCCAAAGCCGGAAGAGUUGGUGUUGAAUGAAUAUGAGAAUACCAUUGCGCUCGAAAUGGUGGCUCCGGAGGAUAUUCCAAUCGGCUUUGCUGACAUCGGUGGCUUGGAGGAUAUUAUUGAUGAACUCAAGGAAUCUGUCAUCUACCCGUUGACUAUGCCGCAUUUGUAUUCUCAUGCGGCACCCCUACUAUCCGCGCCCUCUGGUGUGCUACUCUAUGGACCUCCAGGAUGCGGUAAAACUAUGCUGGCCAAGGCAGUCGCUCAUGAGAGUGGUGCUUCCUUCAUCAACCUCCAUAUUUCGACAGUGACGGAAAAGUGGUACGGCGACUCCAACAAACUAGUCCGAGCCGUAUUCUCGUUGGCUCGUAAGAUGCAGCCCGCCAUCAUCUUCAUUGAUGAGAUCGAUGCGGUCUUGGGCACAAGAAGGAGCGGCGAGCACGAGGCCAGCGGAAUGGUCAAGGCCGAGUUCAUGACCCUGUGGGAUGGAUUGACGUCGUCAAAUUCUUCAGGCAUGCCAGCGAGGAUUGUUGUUCUCGGUGCCACAAACAGAAUACAUGACAUCGAUGAGGCUAUCCUCAGGCGCAUGCCCAAGAAGUUCCCUGUUUCUCUUCCUGGCAAGGAGCAGAGACAACGGAUUCUGCAGCUCAUUCUGAAGGACACAAAGACAGACCCGGAGUUUAGUGUGGAGUACAUUACCAAAGUCACAGCUGGUAUGUCGGGCAGUGACAUCAAAGAAGCCUGCCGUGAUGCUGCUAUGGCACCGGUCCGUGAAUAUAUGCGAGAGCAUCGGGCGGGUGGCAACUCCAUGUCCAGCAUCACACCAGAGAACUUCAGAGGUAUUCGGACAGAGGAUUUCUUUGGCCGCAAGGGUGGAGGUCAAAUCCUCAUGGAGAACCACGCAAAACACUCCAAAACUUCGAGGUCAUCAGUAGACGAGUACGAAGACAUUGUCGAAGAACUGGGUUGAUUUGGUCAUGCAGUUGGUCUGUUAUGAAGGGAAUGAUAGACCUAACGGAAGUCUGCUCUGAAAGGGCAGUGUUCUUCUACCCGCUACGUCGGAAACAUCCAUACAGCUUGAUUGCCUGCAGUGGGCAAUCUUCGCAUUUCAUGCUAGAAUAAGACCUUUUGUACAAGUAAAUGUACCGAUACAAGGAGGAAACGGAAAUCGAAAUACCAUGACUUUACACGACAUAACUUGCAAUGUUUCCACGCGCUAGCAACCUGCCUUAGCAGCACUAAAGGCCCCCUCCUUUGUACAUGCAUGAACAGCUGCCACGACUUUUCAUUUGAACCGCCUAUUGCCUCAGUAU